GUUUACUUCCUGGUUAGGGUUUCGAUACCGGCGAAUACACAACGUUUCACCAAAGUUCGAAGAAUCUUGCCUGAGUAACGUUAUUUCAUAACUGAUACAUAAGCGGUUUGUUGGGUAUUAUAGCAUCAUUAUGAAUGUUGAACAUGAAGUAAGCCUGUUAGUUGAAGAGCUGAAGCGCCUAGGUGCUGACACCAAGAAUUCCAAUGGGAAGUGUGUUGUGAAAUUUGGUACUCUUUUCAAAGAUGAAAAAUGUGCUAACAUGUUUGAGGCCCUUGUCGGAACUCUUCGGGCAGCAAAGAAGAAAAAGUACAUUAAAUAUGAGGGAGAGUUGCUACUACAGGGAGCUCAUGAUAAUGUGGACAUUGAACUUUUAGUAGAUGAAGUACAAUGACCAGGAAACCGACAUAGGAUGACAAGCAAUUUCAGAAACUUAAUUUCUGAUUUUAUUUACAUGGUAUUUGCAAUAAAAACAGAGAUGGCUGCUACACUUUAUUUAUUAAAAAAAUUGCUACAUGUUUGAAGCACUAACACAGUUAAUUGGCUUAUGUUUAUGAGAUUAUACAUCUGUGCUUCCAUGUUUUCCAAAGGGAGAUAACCAAACUUGUACUUGUGUUAAAUGUAGUACUUUGAGUUAAAAAAAAAAUUUGUUUUAGACUCUGUUUUACUCAUUAU